CUCAAAUAAUUGACUUCAGCUAACACCUCGGCGAGGAGGUGACCGUCAAGACCACAUAUAUUACAAGCCUCGCUGUCGUCAGACCGACCAAACUCAUUACACUUUUUCAGAUCGACACUUCUUCUCCGGAACAGCCGCGACUUGUGGCGAGGCGCGCAGAAGCGCAAAAGGUCAACCUCACACUUGACAACGCGCCACCUCGACCUCACCUCUAUACAUCGCCAACUUUCGUCUCAAGAUGGAUAAUAUGGAGGAUCAAUACGAUGAGGAUGCAUAUGAGUUUGAGGGAGAGGCCGAAGAGCCUACAAUCACGGCGGAGGCGUGUUGGACAGUCAUCUCUUCGUUCUUCGAGUCGAAGGGGCUUGUGUCUCAACAGCUCGACUCCUUCGACGAGUUUGUUUCAACGUCCAUGCAGGAUCUGAUCAACGAGAAUUCGCAGCUUACCUUGGACCAAAACAACCCGCCCCCGGUUAACGGCGAGCCAAUUCAACUUCGUCGCUAUGAGAUUAAGUUCAGGACAGUGUUUAUUGCGGAGCCCAUGAUGACCGAGGGCGAUGGAACGACUGCGCGACUGUUUCCCCAAGAGGCGCGGCUACGAAACCUUACAUACUCGAGUGCGCUGUAUAUCCAUCUCGACAAGAAGGUCUCGAUAGCCGUUGAACGCCCGACGCCACUAAACGAGCUUGAUGACGACGAGCAAGCCGAACUGGCCGCUGGCGGAGACCAUCCAACCAAGGUUGUGUGGGAAAUCGAAGACCAGUCGAUGUCUCAGGAAGAGGCGGCGAAACUACCAGCGAAUGAACGUCCAGUGACAGCAGAGCCCUUCUUCAUUGGGAAGCUUCCAAUUAUGCUCAAGUCCAAGUACUGCAACUUGAAAGAUAUGGACGACGAUGAGCUAUAUGGGUGGAAUGAGUGUCCAUACGAUCAAGGAGGAUACUUUGUCAUCAACGGCAGUGAGAAGGUAUUGAUUGCCCAAGAGCGCAGUGCGGCAAAUAUCGUCCAAGUCUUCAAGAAGCCGCCGCCGAGUCCUACACCAUUUAUCGCCGAAAUCAGAAGCGCUCUGGAGAAAGGCUCAAGGCUUAUUUCAUCUCUCACCAUCAAGCUGCACUCUAAGGGUGAUACGCAAAGAGGCAGCUUUGGCCAAACGAUUAAAUCUACUCUACCAUAUAUCAAGUCCGAUAUUCCGAUAGCUGUUGUAUUCCGUGCCCUUGGUGUUGUAUCUGAUGAGGAUAUUCUUAACCAUGUUUGCUACGAUCGCAAGGAUACUCAAAUGCUGGAGAUGAUGAAGCCUUGUAUUGAAGAGGCUUUCGUCAUCCAAGAUCGCGAAGUUGCCCUUGAUUUCAUCGGGAAGCGUGGUCAGUCGCUGGGCGUACCCAGAGACAAGCGUAUCAAGCACGCCAGAGAUAUCAUGCAAAAGGAGUUGCUACCCCAUAUUUCUCAGAAAGAAGGCAGUGAGACCAGAAAAGCUUUCUUCCUCGGAUACAUGGUUCAUAAGCUGCUUCAAUGCGCGUUAGGACGUCGGGAAACGGACGAUCGUGAUCAUUUCGGAAAGAAGAGAUUGGAUCUUGCUGGUCCCCUUCUGGCGAAACUAUUCCGUAAUUUGUUCCGCAAGCUGACCGGAGAUCUUUACAAGUACAUCCAACGCUGCGUAGAGAACAAGAAGGAAUUUAACCCUGCGCUGGGUAUCAAGGCUACCACCCUGACUAAUGGCUUGAAAUAUUCUUUGGCCACAGGAAACUGGGGUGACCAGAAGAAGGCAGCAAGCUCGACUGCAGGUGUCUCCCAGGUGUUGAACAGAUACACAUUUGCAUCCACUCUGUCGCAUUUGCGGAGAACAAACACCCCUAUCGGUAGAGACGGAAAGAUUGCCAAGCCGCGUCAAUUACACAAUACUCAUUGGGGCCUCGUCUGUCCAGCAGAGACACCCGAAGGACAAGCCUGUGGUCUGGUAAAGAAUCUCGCACUUAUGUGCUACGUUACUGUUGGCACACCCAGUGAGCCUAUUAUCGAGUUCAUGAUCCAAAGAAGUAUGGAAGUUUUAGAGGAGUAUGAACCCCUGAGAUCACCAAAUGCGACAAAGGUCUUCGUGAACGGUGUUUGGGUGGGUGUCCACCGCGAUCCUUCUCAUCUGGUCGAAACUGUUCAGGAUCUUCGUCGAAGCUCUCUGAUUUCCCACGAAGUCUCGUUGAUUCGUGAUAUUCGUGACCGAGAGUUCAAGAUCUUCACAGAUGCUGGGAGAGUUUGCCGACCUCUCUUCGUUGUCGACAACAAAACCGACAGCGAGAAUAACGGCAAACUGGUUUUCAAUGCUGAGCAUAUCAGGAGGCUUGAGGAUGAUUUGGCUUUGCCAAAUAACAUGGACCUCGAGGAGAAAGAGGAACGUGGCUACUAUGGUUUCCAGGGCCUCAUCAACGACGGUGUGGUUGAGUAUUUAGAUGCGGAAGAAGAAGAAACUGUUAUGAUUGUCAUGACACCACAAGACCUUGAGGAUGGCAGAAAGGCUCGACAAGGAUAUACAGUAGCGACGGGGGCGGAAGACUCCAUCAACGCCAGAGUGCAAACAAAGCCCAAGGCAACUUCGAUGGUGUAUACGCACUGUGAAAUCCAUCCGUCUAUGAUUCUGGGAAUUUGCGCCAGCAUUAUUCCUUUCCCGGAUCACAAUCAGUCUCCGCGUAACACCUACCAGUCGGCUAUGGGUAAACAAGCCAUGGGCGUUUUCCUUACGAAUUUCGAUCAGCGUAUGGAUACCAUGGCCAAUAUCCUUUACUACCCGCAAAAGCCGCUUGCUAUCACUCGGUCUAUGGAAUAUCUGAAGUUCCGUGAACUGCCUGCUGGGCAAAAUGCCAUUGUCGCCAUUCUUUGCUACUCUGGUUAUAACCAGGAAGAUUCCGUCAUUAUGAACCAGAGCAGUAUCGAUCGUGGCCUUUUCCGCAGUUUGUUCUACAGAGCUUAUCACGACCAAGAAAAGAGGAUCGGUAUGAAUGUGGUUGAGCAGUUCGAGAAGCCUUUCCGUAGCGAUACCCUCAAGCUCAAGCACGGAACUUAUGACAAGCUGGACGAUGAUGGAAUUGUUGCUCCUGGUGUCAGAAUCUCUGGAGAAGAUAUCAUUAUUGGUAAAACCGCGCCACUUCCACCAGAUGCAGAGGAACUUGGACAGCGCACCAAAUCGCAUACUAAGCGUGAUGCGUCGACUCCUCUUCGUAGCACGGAGAAUGGUAUUGUUGAUCAAGUCUUGAUCACCACCAACGCCGAAGGUCUCCGCUUCGUCAAGGUGCGCAUGCGCACAACGAAGAUUCCUCAAAUUGGUGAUAAGUUCGCCUCUCGUCACGGACAGAAGGGAACAAUUGGUAUCACUUACCGCCAGGAGGAUAUGCCUUUCACUCGCGAGGGUGUUGUGCCUGACCUCAUCAUCAACCCCCACGCCAUUCCAUCUCGUAUGACGAUUGCUCAUUUGAUUGAGUGUCAGUUGUCGAAGGUUGCCUCGCUCAUCGGAAAGGAGGGCGACGCCACCCCCUUCACCGAUGUCACUGUCGACAGCGUUUCGUCGCGUCUUCGUGACAUGGGUUACCAGUCUCGCGGCUUCGAAGUCAUGUACCACGGGCACACAGGACGCAAGCUUGUUGCGCAGGUCUUCUUGGGACCCACGUACUACCAGCGCCUGAGGCAUAUGGUCGACGACAAGAUCCACGCCAGAGCCAGAGGACCAACUCAAAUUCUGACGAGGCAGCCUGUGGAGGGUCGUGCCAGAGAUGGUGGAUUGCGUUUCGGAGAGAUGGAACGUGAUUGCAUGAUUUCCCACGGCGCAAGUGCGUUCUUGAAGGAGAGACUGUUCGAGGUGUCGGACGCGUUCAGAGUACACGUUUGCGACAUCUGUGGUCUUAUGACACCAAUCGCGAAACUGAACACCCAGUCGUUCGAGUGUAGGCCCUGCAGGAACAAGACAAAGAUCUCGCAAGUGCACAUCCCGUACGCGACGAAGCUGCUCUUCCAGGAGUUGGCAUCGAUGAACAUCGCCGCGAGAAUGUUCACCAACAGGUCGGGAGUGAGCGUCCGGUAAAGUUAAGAAAAUCUCUACGCUACCACGACGAGAAGCAGGCAUGUAAGAUUGGAAGAAACACAAAAGAAUGACUAGCAGAGAUAAGUGAGUGAUGGCAGCGUUGGUAUGGUGAGAAGGUGGGGGUUCGGGUCUUUGCAUAAUAUGGAGUUGGGUGCUUGGGUUUAUUGCCCCAGGAGAGUAUAAAGAAUGGUACACCACCGGAAAAAGGUGCUGAGAUGCAAUUUUCCUGCAUCUAUCGUCAUGCAGCGAAAGCGAGUCGAUUGCGGAGGCAAGAAAAGGAAAGCUAAGGGCAGAUAUAGAGCUACCUUUUUGUAGAAUAGUUCAGAGUAAUUCAAGAGAGAU